AUGCCCCCCUCUCCCUCCUCCUCCUGCCCCCCCCUCACCCUCAUCGUCGCCACCACCCCGCUCCGCCCCGAAACCCGCACCCUCCCAACCCGCCUCGGCAUCGGCCUCAACGGCACCCUCCCCUGGCCGCGCAUCAAAGCCGACAUGUCGUUCUUCGCGCGCGCGACAGCCCGCCCGCCGCGCCCGGGCACCACCAACGCGAUCAUCAUGGGCCGGAAGACGUAUGACUCGCUGCCGCGGAGUCUGCGGCCGCUCGCGAAGCGCAUCAAUGUCGUGGUCUCGAGGGAUGGGAGUGGGGGUGUGGCGGAGGGGAUAUUGAAGGAGUUGGAGGGGAGGAGGGCGAAGGUACAACAACAACAGCAGCAGCAGCAGCAGCAGCAGGGACAAGUGCCAGAAGGACAGACGGAUGCGGUGGUGAGUUCUGGGCUGGAGGAGGCGCUGGAGACGCUGGAGGGGAGGUUUGGGGCGCCGGGGACGCUGGGGCAUGUGUUUGUGAUUGGCGGGGCGGAGAUCUAUGCUGCUGCGCUGCGGAUGGCCGGGUCGCGGGCGGUGCGGAUUGUGAUGACGAAUGUGGAGAGGUUGGAUGGGGGUGCGUUUGAGUGUGAUACGGUGUUUCCGGUGGAUGAGGAGUUGGCUGGGCAGGAGUGGCGGAUGGUGAGCGAUGAGGAGGUGACGCGGUGGGUGGGCGAGGAGGUUUCCUCGGAAUGGCGGGAGGAAGGCGAUGUGCGCAUUCAGAUGAUUUCCUACGAGUGCAUUCUGCUCGGUAAAGACCUUCAGAGCAUGAUGGAUGGAUGA